UCUACCUCUCUCUCUCUGGGCGAACCGGCCACGCCAGCUGAACUAUAGUAGCAUGUUGCUGACAUCGAUACAUGCCCGAGCAUUGGCUAGUCUCGCUGGUGCAGGACCGGCUGCAGCCAAGAACAGCAGGAUUGCCUUCAGAGCGUAUAGCAGCACCCGCCGAGUAGAGAUGAACUACUUGCCCAUGGUGCUCGAGUCAACGCCAAGAGGGGAGCGCGCCUACGAUAUUUACUCAAGACUUCUCAGGGAACGCAUUAUCUGCAUGCACGGGCCUGUAACGGAGCAGAUGACAUCGUUGGUGACGGCCCAGCUCCUGUUCCUCGAGUCGGAGAAUCCGGAUAAGCCCAUCAACAUGUACAUCAACAGCCCCGGUGGCGUGGUCACGGCCGGAUUGGCGAUCUACGACACCAUGCAGUACGUCCGGCCGGAGAUCUGCACGAUCUGCAUGGGGCAGGCCGCGUCGAUGGGAUCGCUGCUUCUUACCGCAGGUUCUCCGGAGAUGCGCUUCAUACUUCCGAACGCCAAGGUCAUGUUGCAUCAGCCGAGUGGCGGGGCGAACGGCAUGGCGGCCGACAUCGCCAUCAUGGCGGAAGAGAUAAUCAAGACUAGGGCGCGCUUGAACGACAUCUACGCGGAGCACACCGGACGAGAAGUGGGGGAGAUCGAGAAGGUCAUGGACCGCGACUUCUACAUGACCGCCCAGGAAGCGAUAGAGUUCGGCGUGGUGGACAAGAUUCUCAAGAAACGGCCAAAAGAGGGCGAAGGCUCGGGGACUGUACAAUAG